GGCGCCGAAUAUUGCAGUAGAUCACUCUUUCCGGGGCGGCGUCGCUGUGGCGACUCCGCUUUCUGUCCCCACACCAGCUGGGCAUGCCGACAAUGGCGUCGAGCACAGCAGGCACCAUGCUCACUGCUACGCUGCCCAGGGAGGAUCGACAACAACCCGACUCCAAUACCGGACACCGAGACAUGCACAAUCAGAACCCGGUGGCACGCAUGCGAUGUCGUGUCCGACGCUGGAGGGUGCCCGCCAGUGCCGUGUCUAUAAACAGCCGCGGGUAGCCUCCUCCUUCGUCACGUUGAUGACUUGUCUCACCCAGCUCCAGCUCGCAGCUUCAGCGCCAGACCGGUCCUUGAUUCUCCUGUCCUUGCCUUCCCAGUCUCGCCGUCAUUGCCCGCCAUGAAGGUCUCUUUCCUCUCCCUCCUCUGGUCCGCGGCCUCUAGCGUGGUGCUGGCCGUGCCCAUCGCCGACAGCCUGGUGUACGACGCCAUCAUCGUUGGAGGUGGCCCCGCUGGGCUCGCGGCCGCGAGUGCCCUCGGCCGAGUGCGCCGCACCACUCUCCUCAUUGACUCUGGCGACUAUCGCAAUGGUCCUACGAGGCAUAUGCAUGAUGUCCUCGGGUUUGAUGGCGUGACCCCGGCGUACUACCGUCACGCGGCCCGUCAGCAAAUCUCGCACUACACGACCGUUGUCUUCGCCAAUGGCACCGUCUCGAGGAUCAGCGGUAACGACACAGACCACUUUGUCGUGACCACUACCGGUUUCGACGGCAGGACCUUUGAUGUCCGCUCCCGGAAGGUCGUUCUCGCCACGGGCCUGAAGGACAACCUUCCUCAAACCCCUGGCAUGUGGGAGAACUGGGGCAAGGGAUUGUACUGGUGCCCCUGGUGUGACGGCAACGAGCACGCCGACCAGCCCCUCGGCCUGCUGUCGGACAAGUUCUCGAACCUGCCCUCGCUCACGCGCGAGAUCCUGAACCUCAACAAGGACAUCAUCGCCUUCGCCAACGGCACCGACACGGCCGAGGCGCGCGCCCAGACCGAGACCAAGAACCCAAGGUUUACAGAGUACCUCGCGCUGCACAACGUCACGGUUGAGAACCGCAUCAUCUCGCGCAUCACGCGCCUCAGGGACGGCGGCGAUCCGCCCCACGACCCGUCGCUGCCGACGGCGCCCGAGAACGACCUCUUCUCCAUCGAGUUCACCACGGGCGAUCCCGUCCAGCGCGCCGCCCUGUUCGUCGAGUACCCGAACGAGCAGCGCUCCAGGAUCGGCCAGGAGGCGGGCGUGCAGCUCUGGGGCGGCCGCCUCGCCGUGGACCCGACCAAGGGCCUGGUCACAAAUGUGCCGGGCAUCUACGCCAUCGGGGACGCGAACUCGGACAACAGCACAAACGUGCCCCACGCCCUCUUCUCGGGCAAGCGCACCGCCGUCUUCUUGCACGUGCGGCUCGCCAAGGAGGACCAGGCUAGGGAGACGGGCGUCGAUGUCUCCCUGCUGCGGAGGGACGUCGAGAUCGAGGCCCGCUCGCUGUGGGACAAGGUCAACGGCCAGCCCGACGAGAUCCUGUACGCUGGCGAGUACGACCAGUAGCUGGAGCGGGUUGGAUAGAUUAAAGAAAAGCGUAAAAGUGACAUAAUCUAAUCAACGUUUAUUCUAAAUCCCA